GGGGCUCGGAGCAGGGCUCCGAGAGUGGGACUGAACAGGGUUUAAAGUGGGAGGGCGAAGAGAUGCCAAAAAGAGAGAAGUGAUAAAGACAGAAAAUGGAGAGAGACAGAAGUAACGAAGAAAAGAGAGAGACAAGAGAAAGUCGAGAGGCUUAGAGUGCAGAGGCUAAGAAAAAAGCGAGGUGGCCAGGGGGCGGGGAGAAAGCUGCCCGAACGGCGGGAGAGGGAAAAGACAAAGAAAGGGCGUUGUGUGAAAACUGGCAGCGAGGGUGAAACGCGCCGCGCGAAGGUGGAGAGGAAGGCGGAGAGGGGGCCUGCGGAGGGACUACUGGUCUGGGACUGAGGGAGAACCGGGGAGGGGCCCGGGACGAGGCCGCCGGCUCGGGCCCGCUGCGGCGGGGGCCCACGUGGAGCCGGCGCUGAAUCACUGCGGGGCUGUCUGUACACCCUUCCCCCCGCACCCCCAGGUCCGGAGCCCGCAGUCCCCGCCUCCUCGGCCGCCGCCUCCACGGGGCGGGGCCCCAGCCCGGGACCCGCAGCCGCGGCUAUAAAUGGGCAGCGGCGAGCCCAGCAGAGCGCUGUGACAGCCACGCACCCCGAGGCCUCCAAGAUGAGCUACACGUUGGACUCGCUGGGCAACCCGUCCGCCUACCGGCGGGUCACCGAGACCCGCUCCAGCUUCAGCCGCCUCAGCGGCUCCCCGUCCAGCGGCUUCCGCUCGCAGUCGUGGUCCCGCGGCUCGCCCAGCACCGUGUCCUCCUCCUACAAGCGCAGCGCGCUCGGCCCGCGCCUCGCCUACAGCUCGGCCAUGCUCAGCUCGGCUGAGAGCAGCCUCGACUUCAGCCAAUCCUCGUCCCUGCUCAACGGCGUCUCCGCGACGGGCGGCGACUACAAGCUGUCCCGCUCCAACGAGAAGGAGCAGCUGCAGGGGCUGAACGACCGCUUCGCGGGCUACAUCGAGAAGGUGCACUACCUGGAGCAGCAGAACAAGGAAAUCGAGGCGGAGAUCCAGGCGCUGCGGCAGAAGCAGGCCUCGCACGCCCAGCUGGGCGACGCGUACGACCAGGAGAUCCGCGAGCUGCGCGCCACACUCGAGAUGGUGAAUCACGAGAAGGCUCAGGUGCAGCUGGACUCGGACCACCUGGAGGAAGACAUCCACCGGCUCAAGGAGCGCUUCGAGGAGGAGGCGCGGCUGCGCGACGACACCGAGGCGGCCAUCCGAGCGCUGCGCAAAGACAUUGAGGAGGCGUCGCUGGUGAAGGUGGAGCUGGACAAGAAGGUGCAGUCGCUGCAGGAUGAGGUGGCCUUCCUACGGAGCAAUCACGAGGAAGAGGUGGCCGACCUGCUGGCCCAGAUCCAGGCGUCGCACAUCACCGUGGAGCGCAAAGACUACCUGAAGACAGACAUCUCGUCGGCGCUGAAGGAGAUCCGCUCCCAGCUCGAGAGCCACUCCGACCAGAACAUGCACCAGGCAGAAGAGUGGUUUAAGUGCCGCUACGCCAAGCUCACCGAGGCAGCCGAGCAGAACAAGGAGGCCAUCCGCUCCGCCAAGGAAGAGAUUGCCGAGUACCGGCGCCAGCUGCAGUCCAAGAGCAUCGAGCUCGAGUCGGUGCGCGGCACCAAGGAGUCCCUGGAGCGGCAGCUCAGCGACAUCGAGGAGCGCCACAACCACGACCUCAGCAGCUACCAGGACACCAUCCAGCAGUUGGAAAAUGAACUUCGAGGCACGAAGUGGGAAAUGGCUCGUCAUUUGCGGGAAUACCAGGAUCUCCUCAACGUUAAGAUGGCUCUGGAUAUCGAGAUAGCUGCUUACAGAAAACUCCUGGAAGGUGAGGAGACCAGAUUCAGCACAUUUUCAGGAAGCCUCACUGGGCCCCUGUACACACACAGACAGCCCUCCAUCACAAUAUCCAGCAAGAUCCAGAAAACCAAGGUAGAGGCUCCCAAGCUGAAGGUGCAACACAAAUUCGUCGAGGAGAUCAUAGAGGAAACCAAGGUAGAAGAUGAGAAGUCAGAAAUGGAAGAGGCCCUGACAGCGAUUGCAGAGGAAUUGGCAGUUUCCAUGAAAGAAAAGAAGGCAGAAGAGGCAGAAGAAAAGAAAGAGGAACAAGAAGCUGAAGAAGUGGUAGCAACCAAAAAGUCUCCAGUGAAAGCUACGGCACCGGAGCUGAAAGGAGAGGAAGAAGGAGAAAAGGAGGAAGAAGAGGAGGAGGAGGAAGAUGAGGGUGCCAAAUCAGACCAAGCCGAAGAAGGGGGAUCCGAGAAGGAAGGUUCUAGUGAAAAAGAGGAAGGUGAACAGGAAGAAGAAGGAGAGACAGAGGCAGAAGGUGAAGGAGAGGAAGUCGAAACAAAGGAAGAGAAGAAAACUGAGGAAAAGAGGGAAGAAGUGGUCUCCAAGGUGGAGCUGGUAGCAGAAGCCAAGGUGGAAAAGCCAGACAAGGCCAAGUCCCCCGUGGCCAAAUCGCCAGUGGAGGAGCUGAAGCCCAAAGCAGCAGCUGGAGCUGGGAAAGGCGAGCAGAAAGAAGAAGAAGGGAAAGUGGAGGAAGGAAAGAAAGAAGCAGCAAAGGAAGCUCCCAAGGAGGAGAAGGUGGAGAAGGUAGAGAAGAAGGAGGAGAAGCUAGAGAAGAAGAAAGCGGCAUCCCCGGUGAAGGAGGAAGUCACGCAGGAGGUGGUGACCAUCACCAAAACGGUAAAGGUGAGCGUGGAGAAAGGUGCCAAAGAGGAGGGGAAGCCUGAGCAGCAGGAGAAGGAGAGAGCAGAAGAGGAGGGAGGGAGCGAGGAGGAAGGCAGUGAUCGCGGGUCAAAGGAAUCCACGAAGGAAGACAUAGCCAUCAACGGGGAGGUGGAAGGCAAGGAGGAGGAGGAGCAGGAGACGAAGGAGAAAGGCAGUGGGGGAGAAGAGGAGAAAGGCGUCGUCACCAACGGGCUGGACCUGAGUCCAGCAGAUGAAAAGAAGGGGGGCGAUAAAAGCGAGGGGAAAGUGGUGGUGACCAAAAAGAUAGAAAGAAUCACCAGUGACGGGGAAGAUGGUGCUACCAAAUACAUCACUAAAUCUGUCACCGUCACUCAGAAGGUCGAAGAGCAUGAGGAGACCUUUGAGGAGAAACUGGUGUCUACUAAAAAGGUAGAGAAGGUCACUUCACAUGCCAUAGUGAAGGAAGUCUCCCAGGGCGACUAAUUGCAAAAGUCCAUUGCAAAAGGUUAAGCCAUAUGACAAUUUCAAAAUGCAUGUAAUUGACAGCUUCAAAAUAGAACGGGUUCUCCCAUGGGGGCUCCAGACAUUGUAUUUUACUUUGUGCAAUACGAGGGAACUGCAUGCAAGCUCAGGAUGCUCCCUCCUCAGUCUUUGGGGGGUUCAAAUGCAUGAUAUUGUAUGUACCUGGGGAAUUGGCCAAUUUCCUAAGCUGCUGGAAGGGGGGCACUUGGAGAGGGGAUGUUUUGACAUGUAUUAUGCAAAGAACCAACUGAGCCAAAAAUAAAUGAAACACAGAACUCUCUUAGCCUUAAGAAAGCUAUAUAUGAAUAAUUAUGUUUACCUCACUGGUGCAUUUAAAAUGGACUUUCUUUCAUGGGAGAACCUCGUUGACAUGCACAGUUUGCAACCUUUCUUUGAUUGAUACUAAAUGUUA